AUAAAUGUGACUGACAGUACUACCAACCGAAAAAAAAAUAAUUCUCCAAACUCUUCGACGCGCACAGUUUAAAUUCAAAUGUCGCCUUAGUUUUUGGGCACAGAGUAUUUUGCUCCAAGGCCUAAAUCGAAGGAGGAUUGUCCGCAUAUACUGUAGACUUUACAUAUUCCCACAUCUUGGUGGCCAAUCGAGCGACGCAAAACGUGAAAUUAUCUGCUCAUACUCUUACAUACUCUUUGAGGCAGAAAUUGGCCUCAUCGCUGAACUAAAUUUGACUAGAAAACGGUUCUUCGUGGAACUUUUCAAGAGCCCAUAGAGAGAAGCGAUGUCACUUGGGACGGUCGAGCGGCUUCAGUUCUUGCACAAGCUGUGUUUUGUACACUUUCGAUUUCAAAUCUCGAAGUAAAAUGCGUCAAAUCGCCAAAGGAAAUUGGAAAUGCUUUUAGAAUAAAAUCUUGAAAUAAGCUCUUUAUGCACUUGAGCUAGUUAUGUAUGUCUUCCGGUGUAGACGGGGUUAAAAGAGCGUUGCAAUAAUAACUCGGUUUUCGUUUUUUAUUUUUAAUUAUAGUAAACAACCGCAGCCUUGGUUAGAGAGAUAGGCAGACAGACAGGCCAUGAUUCGUGCUAGAUACUUGAUUUUGGGUUUUUGAAUCUCAAAUGCAACUGUGCAAACAUUAAAAUAACGGGCGACCUUUAGUUUACUUUGCAAAAAGUUAGGAAAUUGCAAAAAAGUAAUUAGAAAUGAAGCAAAAAACAUUUGCACUUCCGACAAAUGUUUUGAUAUUUGAACAAAGUUCCUCGCAUCUUAAAGCGUUGCGCGUCAGACAAAUUUUGCAAAAUACUUUGCAAAACCGUUAGUUUUCUGUAUAGUCUUAAACUAUAAGCAUUGCAAGCAGAAAGCGUAAGCGAAAUGAAGUUAAACUACAAGCUCACAUUACUAAUGCUGAUCAGCUGUCUGUACGGCACUACCAAUGCCCAGAAGCGUAUUGUCGGUGGCACAACCACGAAAAUCUCAAAAUAUCCGUAUAUGUUAGGGCUACUACAAGAUGGAAAAUACUUUUGUGCGGGUUCACUUAUUACCAGAAAAAAUGCGCUCUCAGCGGCGCAUUGUGUGUACGAUAAGCAAGCUUCGCAACUCAUUGUUCAGGGCGGUGUUACGGAUCUAGGACAGAAAGGACAGCGUCGAGGUGUGAAUCGUAUGUGGAUUCCGGAAGGAUUCGAUAUAACUCCCAACGAUUUCGACGUCGCCGUGCUCGAGUUCCGCAAACCCAUGGUUCUCGGUGUGAAUGUGGCCAUCAUACCGCUGGCCAAGAGCCGCAUUAGAGCUGGCAUGCGGAUGCGUGUCUGCGGCUGGGGAAAGACAAGCGAAAACGCGCAAACCGCCGCAACUAAACUACAUACGGUUGUUGUGCAGAUCAUUGGUGGCGACAAGUGUGCCACUCAGUAUAAAAAGUCCAACACAAAAAUAACAUCAACAAUGUUGUGUGCCGGACAUGGCGAUAAAGAUGCAUGCACCGGUGAUUCCGGCGCACCAGCAGUUGUUAAUGGUAAGCAGUAUGGCAUAGUGUCUUUCGGCAAUGGUUGUGGACGUAAGGAGUAUCCGGGUGUCUAUACAAAAAUAAUGAAUGUAGAUGUGCGCAACUUCAUUUACGAUUGCAUUCGAGGUUGAUUUUUACUUAAUACUAUUAAAAUGAAGUUUGAAAUAUGUAGAUAUAUCUUCAUAUUGUUUUUAUUUUGGUAAUAAAUGUUUUGUUUUUGUAAUAGACAUUUGGCUUUUGUAAACUUAGAGGGUUAACUGAGCUGGAAAACUCAACACAACGACUGUCAAACUCUAAAAGAGGACAAGGACAGUAUUAAGCGAUUCAGAGGUGCUCCAAAGUGGUGUGUAAAGCAAGUCAAAGGAACUUUUGUUAAACGCUAGUUUACUAGAAAAUUUUCAGGAGUUUCUGAUUUAGUGUUGAACUCGAAGUUUUGGUUUAGUGUUAAACUCGAGU